GUUAAACUUACGUCCCAAGGAUCCCGCACAGCACUGAUCAGAGAGGAAGAGGCGACGCCUCUCGUUCUUUCUGCCUAAAAUCAGGAAAAAGUCCAUAUUGAAAUGGCGUCAGUCACUGCUCGUGGUAUGACCCUUUGCAUCUUGGCGCUGUUAAACUUUGUCUUCGUUUUUAUAACCGGUGCAGACUUUGUUCGUUUCAUCUCAUUUCGAGCGAUAUAUCAUAACAUCACUGGAGAGUCGCCACUGUGUCAAGACUCUGUACCAUGGUCUGUAGCUUUGCGGGACAGCUCUGUUCUCAAGUCUGUGGUUGUGGAUCUGGGGCUUCUGGCUCUUUUUAUUGUCCAGCACAGCCUAUUGGCCUGGGCUCCAGUCAAGCAGGCCUGUCAGUCUGUCCUGGGGGUACUGAACCGGGCCAUGUACUGCUCCACCACUGCUAUGGCUCUCCAGAUAUUGAUGCAUUACUGGCAGCCUGUGACGGAGGCUCCCUGUCUGUGGUCAGUACGUAAUGCCCCAUGGAAUACCUGGUUCCCCCUGCUCUGUUUCACCCUGCACUUCCUCUGCUGGUCCAUCAUCUGCAGUAUACUGCUGAUCUUUGACUAUCCUGAACUACUGGGCAUCAAGCAGGUUUAUUAUGAGUGCCUUGGUUUGGGAGAUCCUCUGGCUCUCAAGUCCCCCCGGGCUCAGCGUCUCUUCGCCCACCUGCGUCACCCCGUGUGUGUGGAGCUGGCUGUGGUGCUGUGGCUCCUCCCUGCCCUGCCCCUGGACAGGCUGCUGCUGGCGGGGAGUCUGUCGGCCUACCUGGCCCUGGCUCACUCCCUGGAUACACAGGACUGUGCAUACCUCAGUGUCCAGCUGCAUAGCAAACUGCGGCUCUUCUCUUUGCCACAGGAUGGCACUGCUCAGAACAAUGACAACCACAAGCAAGAGUGAAUUGAAGUCAUGGGUGUUGUAAGCUAGGUUUCCAUCCAAUUGCCAAAACAUAAGAAUAUUCUAAUAUGCACAUUUUCCCGCCAAAGAUGUUUCCGUUAAAUUGACUUGUUGGGGAUUAAAUUACUUUUGCGGUUAAAUUCCGAUGUACAGAAUAUUUGUAAUUUUUAAAAAGAAAGUUAAAUGGGUUUCCAUCGCAUUUUAAACUCUACUGAUGGUAUUCUCACACAAAAAAUUGCGUUAUAUGGCGUGGACUUUUCUCGCAUGAAAAGGUUGGAUGGAAACCUGGUUACUAUUGAGAGCAAUAGUAAUGGCAUCUUUUUGAUAUCACUAACUCCGCCAUAGCUCGUUGGUCAAAGCCUAUGGGGAAAUUAAUGUUUUUUUUGUCUCAACUCCGAAAAUAAGUUCUGUGGUAAACACAGGUUUAGGAGUUCUUAUAGGUUUUGUUCUAUUAGAUCGUCUUCAUCAGCUGAUGUCAAUUUUGGUUAAUUUGAAGCAUUUCAUGUAAUCAAAACAAGCACAUAAAUUCCAAUUUCCACUCAAAAUUUUCCGAAUUGAAAAGCAUUGGAAGAGAAUUGGCGUGAGGAUUUCAUUGUACUUUUUGAGUUGACUGGAAUUGAAAUGGAAUUGACCCCAACUCUGGUUAUCUCAUAGAACAAAAUAUAUAAGAUCUUCUAAGCCUGUGUUAACCUCAGACUUUAUUUCUGGUGUUUAUCCCAAAACCCCAUUCUUUCCCCAUUAAUUUCCCUUAUAGGAAUGGCUGAAUGAACUAAAGGUAACUAAUUUCUGUUUUUGGGGGACUACAAGCUGGUGAGCUUUAUUACUACACAUACAUGAAUGGGAUCAGAUGGGAUGUUUGUGUGGCUGCACACAGCAAUUGACAAAAGUACACACUGCAGUUUGUUAACUUCACUUGGUAGGGGUAACACUGUUGAUUUUAGAAAAUGUUAAGAUUCAGAACGUCUGUAAAUAUGCCACCAAGCAUUUAGGCAUAGCUUUUAACAUCAAUGUAUUUGUAAGUAAUUACUCCGAAUAUAUAUAUAUAUAUAUAUAUAUUUUUUUUUAUCUAAAAGAGUAUAUUUUUAUAUAGCCUAUGAACAUAACAUUACAUUUUACAUUCCACCCCCAAGUGCUAACUCAUAGCCCUUCUAGUAAUUUAAUAGGAUCUCUGUCACAAACUGUCAAACUUCCAGAAAUGGCAGCCAUAUUGGUCAGGGAGAAAUCCAACCCAGUCUAACUGGAAUGAAUGGCAUUAGAGGUACAAUCCUAAAAGUAAGGCAUAUGACAUAAGAAAUUGUGUGAUAGAAUUAUUGUCAACCUAAAAUAUUGUCAUAAUUAAAAAUUCUGUUUAUACAGGUUUCCUACACAUUUUCUGUAUAAAUAGCCUCUAAAAUAUAUGUAAACAGACCAUAAAUGCCUCCUUGGGAAGCUGUGAGUUCUAUUAUAUGAUACAAUAUCAGUUUACAACUUGUCUAAGUCCUAUCAUCAACUGAUUUCAGCCAGUGUAUGGCUGUGGGAUGUUGGCAUAUUGGCAGUUAAUUUGAGGGGGGAAAUCAUUCUGCUAAAACUGUCUGGCUAGCUAGCUAACAAGCACAGUGCAGAUAAAUUAUUCAAAAUUUUUUUUUUUUACACUGUCUUAUCACUUCACUGGCAAACCAUGGUUGACCAACUUCCUGACACAAAUGGCUGACCUAUAUCCCAUCAUAAGGUUCAUGGUCAUUCUAGUAUUCUAAUUAUAUGUGCCAACUGCUGUUCCACACUGUAUUAUUUUCAAAAUUGGAUUAUGUCAGUGCUACAUUUUGCUGUUGUCUUUCAUUUUGUUGUAUUUGUCCUGUUCCUUUCCUAUUUCCCCACACACAUUCUGUCACAUUUUGAGGGUGUCUUUGUCUUAUCCUUUUCUCUCCAUCAUCAUUGUUUUUAUAUCCUUUGUGUUGCAGUAAAUCAAUGUAUAAUUACUUGAAUAGCUGCAUUCCUUCUAAUUCCAACUGUGAGCAUGGAUUAUAGGAGAGGAUAAGGUAUUCAUUGUUUAAUUAUUUUAUAUUGGUCUAAUUACAGUAUUUUUAACUACAUUAAUUAUUUUAAUAAGAUAAUAUAUAGGUGAAACUACCUUAGAGCAAACUGUUAAUGUGAUGCCAUAUUUUCAUCAGUUUUGUACCAACACAAGUUCUUUGUUACACUGGAACAAAUUAUAAGCAACUAAAACAAAAUGUCUCAAUAAAUACAAGUCAUAAUGCA